UUUGAUGUUGGGACGUGCUCGAGUUUUCGCUCGCCCCAUCUUGUGUGCGCUGAGUGUCUUGAGUGGACGUCUGUUCCAUUGCUUCGCGUGUUUCAGGGAAUGACUACUCAUGGAGAACCGCACUCCGCUCGUGGUCCUGCCCCGCAUGGGGAGGAGCCUCGAAGGACGACGUCGACACCGGUCAUGGGCAAGAGCGGGGGGGGGGUCGGCGGGGAGGAACAACGAGGGACUCUCAACUUGUGGUGUGACUACAGCAAGCGUGUCCGGUAUAUGGACUGGGCCUGCCAGGACGCCUCGGAACCGUUGAAACCACGAUGCGGGCCGAUCGUCUACGUCGCCAAUUGCGGUGAUAUGAUUCGUCUCGCCGGGUCCGUCCUUGAGUGGGCCGACGUAGGCGACGAUAUUUUUAAGUUCACUUUGCGGAAGCUUUACAGAAGUGAUGGUUCUAUCGAUGAGCUAGCAAAAGGGUGCAAGUUCGCUGGGAGGUUAUUCGGGGGCUACGGCGCGGGUGCGAUGGCUUUGCCCUGCUUCGUCCCUUUGUCGCUAGGUCACGACGAAGCCGUUCACGUGCAAGACUUUCUCGAGGUUUGGGCGAGUUCUCCGCAUUUUGGACAUGGCAUGGACGUGGACCCUGGGACAUCGAUAAGUCGCAGGCGCCUUAUCGAUAAGUCGCGGGCUUUGCCAUGUCUUCCCACGAGGCGUCCGGCAGUGGGCAUGUCGGACGACUCAGGGGACGAACGUGCGCGGGCGCCUUUAAAACUGGGCUUGCAGGGAUCUCGACGCCAAGGUUUGCUUGGGGAGUCGCCGAUUCGGGUGUCCCUUGGAGGCGGCCUCGGCGAACGGUUGGAGAAGGCCUCGGGAUCGCGGUCUCCCAAACGCCUCGUGGCAAGAGUCGGUGCGUUCAUUAAUAGCAGAGAAGUGGCAGAGUUGACGGCGAUAUAUCGACCGGGUGCCUCGCGGGUUCGAGAGGUCCGUGGAGCUGCCAAUACGACUCGGUCGGUCCGCCCUGCUCCUGCACAUCUGCAGACGGAGGCGAGUCAACGUGGAGAAGCAGGUGGGAACGUCGCUGGUGAAGAAGAGGUACUCGAGUUGGGGGCGACUCGUGAGAGCUCGCCUGUGACGAGUCGGUCGGGAGGUAAGCGCAACUUGCCACUUGACGAAGGGCGGAAGGGAUUGUCUGCUCUGAAAAGGCAAAGAAAGCAAGGAGGGAGUGCUCGGACGCCAAUGACAGAAGAGUGAGGUUCCGUUGAUAAGAGGAAAAGAGUUGGAGAUGGGGAUGAUACGCCCAAUGAUUCGUCG